UUUCUAAAGAAAUAUAUGAUUUUCAUGAUAUCCUUCUAUUUGAGUUUGACACCAGUGAAAAAUAUGACGUUCUGGACUUGGAAUUGGGAAAACCCGAGUCCAAAUCCUGUCUCAGAUAAUUUAUUAGCUAUAUUAUUGUGGGCAAAUCAUUUUACCUCUUUUAGCCUCAGUUUCCUUAUCUGCAAAAUAAGAGUAAUAAUGAUACCUUCAUUAAAUGCUCAUGGGUUUAUUAUGAGGAUCAAAUGAGUUAAUAGUAUAAAGCACUUUGCAAGCCUUACACUGCUGUAUUAGCUAUUAUUAUAUAUUCAGUUUAAAAAAAUGACAACUGCCAUAUAGCAUAACUUCACAACAAGUGAUGCUUCUUUCUAUUCUAAGCUGUGUUCUUUCAAAUUUUGUCUUUUGCAAGUUUGAUUUUGUUUGCAGAGUCCAUGAGAUGCUUCCCUCCAAAAAACAUUUGCUCCCUAGCCUGUAUAUAUUAAAAGCCACCAUUCUAGUCAUUCCAGUUUUCUAGCAUAAACCAAUCUAUGCAUCCUUUUGCAGUAUUCUUAUGGUAUUUGGCUCAUUGAAGAAAUACCUAAAAAUUAUAACUACUAAAUAUCUGUACCCGACUCUUCUAAACUCCAUAGAACUUUUAAAAUAGGUGAAUGAGAAUCAGUAGAGAAAAAUGGCAGAUAUUAAAGAAUACCUCCAUAGUAACUUCAGCUUAAAGAAAUACAUUUAUAAAUUGUAUAGUGUUAGAAUACCCACUUUAGGAUUCUGGGUUUAUCUGCAUGAGAUUUUUACAUUGCUUCUCACUCCGUCUGUCUCUGUCUCUGACUCAGUCUGACUCUCUCUCUCUGUCUCUCUCUGUCUCUCUCUGUCUCUCUGUCUCUCUGUCUCUCUCUGUCUCUGUCUCUCUCUAACUCUCUCUUUGUCUCUCUCUGUGUCUCAUAGGGCCUAUGAUUUUACUAGUAAAGAGACCUCCUGAAUGAGGGAAUUUCAUUUACCAAUGAAAGCUGGCAACUUCUUUGCAGUUUUAUACUCUUUGAGAGAGAGUUGCAUUGAGAGGGUAAAUGACUUGCCCAGGGUCACAUUGCCAGUAUGUUUUAGAGAUGGGUCUUGGAAUUCAUUUUUUUUCUGACUCUAGGAAGGGAAGAAGGGAACAAGCAUUUAUUAAACACCUACUAUGUGCCAGACACUCUGCUAAGCACUUUACAAAUAUUAUAUCAUUUGAUGAGACUACUUCUGUAUCUCCUAUAUCAUACUGCUUCCCACAUCUCCAUAUAUAUGUGUAUAUUACAUGAUAUAUUACAAUAACCUAUCAUAGAUUCUGUGUGUACUUGGCAGGCCUCUCAGUUAUUACUGAUACAUUGUGAUUCAUUGAUCAUUAAGAAGCCCAUUACAGUUUCAGUGGGAGUACCUCUAGAAGAUGCAGUGAAUUUAAAAUUUAUUAUUUAAAGGCAACUGGCAGUCUUUUAAAAGGGGGGCUUUCAUAUAGGGCAAAUAAGUAGACCAGAUGAAAAAUCCAUUUACCUUCCUCAAUUUUUUUUGUGAUUCCUCUUAGCUGGUUUGCUCAGGAAAUUACGAGACAUAUUGGUGCCGAAGGCAGGAUUUGCUCCCUUGCCCUCCAUCUUCUCCUGUUUCUUUCUGCUGUAAAGUUACAAUGCUGCAUUUGUGGCAUCAUAAUCAUUUCCAUAGCAACAGACUGUGAUGUCUCAAGCCCAGAGUCUUAGACUCCAUACCACUUUAGGAUGUGAUCUCACCAAGUAAGGAGGGUCCGAUCACCUCAGGUCUUGGAUGGGCAUGACCUAGGAGGUAGAAGGAGCUUGGUUCUUCAUCAAGUGGCACCCUUUUCUCUGUAUCAACAUGGAGCAGAGCUCUUGCACUGGCACAUCUGUGAAAGCACAGCCCCCACGCUCUGAAGUCAUUAGCAUCUCAAGGCACCAGGAGAGAAAAAACAAAACAAAACAUUAAAUGAACAUUUAAUACAGGUUCCCUGGCUGGGUUUCCAUUUCAGGAACUCCAUACUACUUCCCCAGAGUCACAGAUGGAGAAGUUAUUCUCUUACUCCCUGCCCUAAAAGACCUGUUGGGUAGCUGUGUUGGCACAGAUCAGCCGUCAAGUUCCACUUCAGACUUGGCUGCGUGUCAGCUGUGGGUGAAUGACAAGGCUGAGACAUAUGGCAGAAGAAAGGUGCCAGGGGAGUCUACAUUCCUUCAUGCCGUGUUUUUGACAAUAGAUUUCAGUGUUUUAACUUUGUUGGCAAAAAGGGACUUAAUUUUUUUAAAAAGGGUAUCAAUUUUAUGAAUUUGAGUCAAUCUUGCCUGCAAGUGAGAAGAACCGACUCCACAUAAUAUCGUCAGCCCACCCUCUGGAGUUGCAUACCCUGAUGAUGUCCUGGAUUAUGGCCUCAAGCCAUACACCCCCCCUCCUAGUAACUCUGCAGAUCCCAUGGGCAAAUACGGACAGCCAGAUAGCAUAGGGUCAAAAUGCUACCUAGACCCUGCAAAGCCAGUAGGGGCUUCGGCUUUGAGCCCUAGGAUCGAGAUCACUCCAUCCCAUGAACUGAUACAGUCAGGUGGGUCCUUCCGCAUCAGAGACACAGACCUUUUGGUAGAUCAUCAGCCCAACUCCGCCACUGCUAGCCCAAGGUUUACUCUGCCGGUCCCUGGCUUUGAGGGCUACCGGGAUCCGCCUUGCUUGAGCCCCGCUAGUAGUGGCUCGUCUGCAAGUUUCAUUUCAGAGACCAAUUUCUCUCCCUACACAUCACCGUGUGUCUCGCCCAAUAAUGGCCCUAGUGACGACCUUUGUCCACAAUUACAAAACAUCCAUACUCAUUAUUCUCCUAGAACCUCUCCAAUAAUGUCACCACGAACAAGCAUCACAGAGGAAACCUACUUGGGACGACAUUCACCCUCGCCCCGUCCCAACUCCAGGUCUUCAUCACCCGGUGCGAAGCGAAGAUAUUCAUGUGCUGAGCUCUUCACUACUCAGCUGCCUUCCGCCUCUCCACACCAGUCUAGGACCCCCUCUCCACAGGCCUCGCCCAACAUCUCGCUGAGGGAAGACGGACCAUCAGUCACUUGUACCCAGUUGCCCAACUCUACCAUACUUUUGGACACCAUGAGCAACCUUACCACAGAUCCCCCUUGUGGCAUCCCCUCCAAGAUGUGGAAAACCAGCCCUGACCCAUCACCUGUUCCCUCCCAAAAAACCAGCAUGCCACGGCACACCAUCUAUCCAAGUGCAGAUUAUCGUGGCUCUUGUGAGCAGGAGGAAAGGAGGAACUCGGCCCCAGAGUCAAUUUUAUUGGUGCCCCCAAGUUGGCCAAAGCAACUGGUUCCUGCCAUACCUAUCUGCAGCAUCCCGGUGACUGCAUCCCUUCCACCUCUUGAGUGGCCCCUUUCCAGUCAAUCAGGGUCUUAUGAACUGCGGAUUGAAGUCCAGCCAAAGCCCCACCAUCGGGCACACUAUGAGACGGAGGGCAGUCGAGGGGCUGUCAAAGCUCCCACAGGAGGACAUCCUGUUGUCCAGCUUCAUGGUUACAUGGAAAACAAACCCUUGGGCCUUCAGAUCUUCAUUGGGACAGCAGAUGAAAGGAUACUUAAGCCACAUGCUUUCUAUCAAGUCCACCGGAUCACAGGGAAAACAGUCACCACAACCAGCUAUGAAAAAAUCGUGGGCAACACCAAAGUAUUGGAAAUCCCACUGGAACCAAAAAACAACAUGAAAGCAACCAUCGACUGUGCUGGGAUCCUGAAGCUUAGGAAUGCAGAUAUUGAGUUGCGGAAAGGAGAGACAGACAUCGGGAGAAAGAACACACGGGUGCGCCUAGUUUUCCGUGUGCAUAUCCCAGAAUCCAGUGGGAGAAUUGUCUCUCUACAAGCUGCGUCCAAUCCCAUUGAAUGCUCCCAAAGAUCUGCACAUGAACUGCCCAUGGUUGAAAGGCAAGAUAUUGAUAGCUGCCUGGUUUAUGGAGGACAACAGAUGAUUCUCACUGGCCAGAAUUUUACAGCAGAAUCCAAAGUUGUAUUUACUGAAAAGACAACAGAUGGGCAACAAAUUUGGGAGAUGGAAGCCACAGUGGAUAAAGAUAAGAGCCAACCUAGUAUGCUUUUUGUUGAAAUACCCGAGUAUCGAAACAAGCAUAUCCGCACACCUGUAAAGGUGAACUUCUAUGUCAUCAAUGGGAAAAGAAAAAGAAGCCAACCUCAACAUUUUACUUAUCAUCCAGUUCCAUCCAUCAAAACAGAGCCCAUUGAUGAAUAUGAUCCUGCCUUAAUCUGCAAUACAGUGCACAGUCCUUUGGGAACAGUAACACAGCCUUACUAUCCACAGCACACAAUGGCCACUGAGUCCCCUUCUUGUCUUGUGGCCACUAUGGCAUCGUGCCAACAAUUCCGCUCAGGUUUAUCUUCUCCCGACUCUCGGUACCAACCACAGAAUUCAACAGCUGUAAUAUACCAGAGGAGCAAGAGCUUGAGUCCCAGUCUCUUGGGCUACCAGCAGCCUACUUUGAUGGCCUCACCCAUCUCCAUUUCAGAUGCUCACCGGUCAGUGCUAAUGCAUGCUGGCUCUCCAGGGCAGAAUUCAGCUCUGCUCCACCACUCCCCAACCAAUCAGCAGUCUUCUCCAGUGAUUCACUAUUCCCCGACCAAUCAGCAGGUGAGGUGUGGAACUCAUCAAGAAUUCCAACACAUCAUGUGCUGUGAAAAUUUUACAUCCAGCUCUGCAGCUCGACCCAAUCCAACCCAAGUCAGCCAAGCACAGAGGAUAAGUCCAAGCUCCUAUCCUACAGUAAUUCAACAACAGAAUGCUUCAAGUCAACGAGCUGCUAAAAAUGGACCACCAGUUAAUGACCAAAAGGAAGUAUUACCAGCAGGAGUGACUAUUAAGCAGGAACAGAACCUGGACCAGGCCUAUUUGGAUGAUGUUAAUGAAAUUAUCAGGAAGGAAUUUUCUGGAUUUCCUGCCAAAAAUCAGACGUAGAAGAAGUGAUUAGCAAGACAACAUUUAUUGAAUGCUUCCGUAACUGGCCUCUUGGACCCUUCUACUGCCCCUACCUACCACCUUCUGUUUCCUUUACUAUUCAUCUCAAGGCCUGGAUUCAACAUGACGAACAAUGUAUUGGCAUAAAGCUGACUUUCUUGAUUAAGGAGCUCACCACCUUUCUCUGUAAACAUCAGAAGGGACAGUCUUCCUUCCCCCCACCCCCCCAAAGAUCAUUUUGUUUGACCUUAAUCAUGUAUCAACCACAUACUGUGUUGCCUGCUGAAAAAAAAAAAAGAAUGAAAAGAAUAAUGAAAACACCCUACUGGAAUUCUACGCUGAAGCAAGUGACAUUAGCCGGGACAGAGAGCGGGAGGGAUGAGGAAAAGGGAAAAUGGAGAAAGCAUGCACUUUGACGAAAAAUUAAACCCCAGCACUUCCAUUCAUUUUUCUAGGCAGAGCUCAUGUGCCUUUUGAAGGAAAGGAGUGCUGAGAACACCCAACCCAAAGGAAAAUGGUUAAAGUUUCCAGCACCACAACCUGAAGAAAUCCAAAGCACUGGGGGAAAAUGGAGAAGAUGGAACUUGACUAUUCUUUCAUAGGGUUGCUCUAUUCCCUAUAUAUAUAGGGAAUAUAUAUAUAUAUUCCCUAUAUUCCCUAUUGGGGGCUAUCCAAAGUUUAUUUUUCAUUUUCUCAUUCUGGAGUGAUACUGUCUGACCAACAUGAAGGCCCCUAUUGGACAUUAUUGGUUUCAAGGUGUGCCAUUUGUAAAUGUUCAUUAUAUAUAUUCUUUUUUUUUUUUUUGCUUCUCAAGCCAACAAGAAAUUAGAGACUGAAUAUUCUUGACUGCCUGAUCAGUAACCCAUGCAUGAAGUCUGGUGCUAACAUGUAGUUUUACUAUACAGGAGAAUGUUAACUGAAUUAAAUAGGCUACACAUAGUAUUUCUCUCUCAUCUGCAGUUUUACAUCUUAUUGGCUUUCAAGUACUUGCUCAUCAUUUUAUCAGUGAGAUUGCUUUUCCACAAGGUAGUAAAGAUGUCAAGCAUGUGCAAUGAAUAUUGAGUCCUGUGGAAGGGUUAAGACAACAUGGGUUAAUAGUGAGAAAAAAGGAAAUAAAAAAGGAAAUAUUUUAUUAAUUAAGAUGAUACUGAAUAAGACAAUUAAUAUCUUUAAGUGCCUUUAUAGGUUUUUUGUUAUUGUUGUUUUGUUUUUGUUUUUGUUUCAUCAAGAGGUUCAAAACCUUUCCUGUAAAGUAUGAAAUAGCUAAACUUCCUGAAUUACAAGGCAGAGUUGACAGUACUACAUGGCUCCAAAUUCACAGCCAGAGAAGGGUGACUCCUGUCAUGGGCCAUGACAGUUGUUCUCCAAGAGAAAACUUGAUACGUUUGUGCCCUGAUUCUUUAUCCAUUGAAGGAAAUCCUCCCCCUAGCAGAGAGGUCAGAGUAAUCAAAUGCCAGUAACAUUCUUGUACCCAUCAAUUUUUCCUAACUUUUAGGCCAUUGGAGUCAGAUAGUAUAUUCUUAGUCCUAAGAAAUGCAAACUGCAAUUCAUUUUGGUACAGACCCUACAGGUUAGUUUGUCUCCCUCCUCUGUGAUUCUUCAGUAAUAAACAGAUGGAUUGGCAUACUUAUGUGGAAAAGCCAAAGCCUUGGCUUCAGGGACCUUACAUCUAGAUACUGACUCCAUUCUUUCAUGUAAACCUGCAACCAACAGCUUUGGGGAAUGUCAGUUCAGAGAAGCAUCAAGGGAAGAGUGGAAGGGAUUCCAACUGAGGGUGGAAGCUGGACACCAGUUCCAGCUUAGCCACUAACUUGUGUAACUUUGGACAGGUUACUCCCCCUUUGGAGGUCUCAGUUUCCUCAUCUGUAAAAUAAGGAGGUUGAAGUAGAUGAUCUCAUGCUAAUAGUUUAUGAUUCUAAUAUUGUUAGCAAUUGAAGAAAGACCCAAAGCCCUAGAAUUAUGUGCAUAGUAAGUUUACUGGUGUUUUGACCUGAAUUCAUUUUAAGCUACUCUUAAACUGGAAAGCCCAGUUUGUUUGUUUGUUUGUUUUUUAAAGCUGCAUUCACUGCUUAACAAGGAAAUCUUCUUGUGGGAGAAAAACCAGUCAAAUCAAAAUUCUUUGGCUUGAAUUUUCUUUGCAAUGAAAAGCAAUUUGUAAAGAAGAAUUGUUUACUGCCAUUGAACAUGCAGUAACAAUGGUGCCAUGUAAAUAGCUUCCCCAGAUCGUGCAGUUUCUGUAGAUCUGAGCCCACAUAAUAAGUGCUUGACAAAGUCUAUUUUUCAUGAAGUAGAGCUGGUUGUAUCUCAGAAAGACAUAAAAAUUGUGCUUGGAAUGCUGCUACGGCCAGUUAUUUUCAGAGGAUACCUGUAGAUAGACACUUCUGCAAUGUUAAUUCAAGUAGCAGUCAAAUCAAGCAUCAGGCUUUGAGUUGGACCCGAUGGCCUCUAAGGUUGCUUUCCAAUGAGAUACUCAAAUGUGAGAAUUCUUAAGUACUCUUCAAAGAUGAUCAAGGAGCUGGCUUCUCAGACUAGUUUGCCAUGUCAGAGACCCAGGGGAGAGUUCAUUGGUGACAGUGUCAGAGACAGAUGAUCAGCCUCACCAUUGCAUUCAUUUCCAAGCAUGCUAUUUCUAUUGGUAAACCCCAAAGUUCAUCUCUCGAGUUUCUGAGAACAGACCUUGAUGGGACUUAUUUCCCUUCCAUAUUUUAUUAGAAUAAUGUCUCUAUGCAGGCCUGUUACCAGAAGGAUAAAUCAUACAGUCCUUUAGAGUCAGCCUUACCUAAUAAUAGAAAGCUUUGCUUACAUAUAACCAUACAAUCAAUAUUUAUAGUUUUUCCAGCAUCAAUGGGGAUCCCAAGUUGAAUAUAUAAUUUCCUCUCUUUUAAACCAAAUAAGAGCAUUAAGAAAUAUAACAAUGCUAUAAUGCUUCCAAUUAUGUUAAAUUAUUCAUGUUUUUGCCACUCAGUGUUUCUCAUGAUAACAUUAAUACCCAAAGAAAUCUCUCUGUAGAAAUGGGAGGUUCACCUUGGAAGAGUUCAUAGAAUUUGGUGAGUAAUCCCUUCUCACUUUAUUUGGACAAUCGCCACAGUUGUACAGGAGGGAAUUCUCUUUUUCCUCAGUUAUCUAAAUGUUGUACCAAAGUGCCUUCCUGUCAUUGUAGAAAAGUCUCUCAACUUCAUUGUCCACAAGGUGAAUAAGACUAAUGCAUUUUCCAUCAAUCUUGUAUCAUGCUCACAAAACAGGGCUUUGAGGGUGACCAAAGAUUCUUGUCUGUCUCUUUCUCUGUUUUCAGAAAAUUAUUCCCUCUUUUCUCCAAUGUAAACUUAGCCACAGAUUUCAGAAUGGGCUUCCAUAAACAAUUAUACCAAACACUUAACUACAGGAAACAUAACUAUCGGUCAUAAGACAUAAACAGGCAGAAAAAAGGUGGAAUAGGGACUGACAGUUAUCAGGAAAGUAGUGUCAGAUACAAAUGAUAGAAGGAAAAUUUGCCAAGAGAGUAAUUGUUCAUAAAAUAUUUUCAGUGCAGAAAGAAGUAGCUGAACUCAGAAUGAACAGACUGUAGGACCUGAACAACAGAAUGGGAGGGGUCUAUUGCAUGUGGAUAGAAAGAAUGUAGUCAAGUCAGGGUUUGCACUCGCUUUAUCAGACCUUGUAAAUAUGUAAUCACUUCCAUUCUUCUGAUAGAAAUGUAUCAUUUUUCUGAAUGUAGGAUAUUUCCAAAGAUAGCACUAUUAUUCUGUAUUAUAUAAAAAUGCUGCUGCUUGAUAAUAUAUCUAAAACAGUUCCCCAAAUUAGCCAGCAUGUUAUUAAAUUUUUAUUUUGUUAUCUGUAUUUUUUUUUAAGUUCCUGUGCCUUCAUCUGCCCCUUUCCCCCAAUAGUAUACCCCUUUUGGGUUAGAAAUAUUUAUAAAUGGUUGGAGAUUUAUCAAGUGUCUUAUUUUUUCUACAUAGUUGUUGGUGAAUUUUUUCCUAUGAGAAAAAGUGUUGAUUAUUGGAUAAAUAUUCCAAAUGAUCAAAGUCUAAUUUUCAGGCAUUACCCCCUCUCUCUUCUGGAAGAGAGCAUUUUUGCAGAAAGUAGGAGAAUACAUUGGACAGCAGCUAUUUUGUCUUUAUGUAUGAUGCUAAAUUCAGCCUGGGAUUAAGUUGUCAUCAUGACCUCAGCUGUUUGGAGGUUUACUUCCAGUUCUCAGAAAGACUAUGUCAACAGUAGGGUGAAUAUUUUGUGUUCUCUUGUAGUAGAGAAAACUAUAUUUACAAAGUGUCUACAUUUGGAAGGGAAAAAACCCCAAACAACCUGGGGUAGGAUGUAGGCUUAAUACUGCAAUUUUCAGAAUGGUUUUGAGAGAGUUAAAAAAAAAAAAAGGCUUAACUGGAGUAAGCCAGGGGCUUGACUGAGCAUGAGCUGCUGGUGUAGACAAUUGAAAUAGACCACUGGGAUGUCCAAAGCUUUCCUGGUGUAGAUAUAACUUAGAAGGACUAACUGUGUUAGUCCUCUGUAAGGGACAGGGGAUAAUUUAUAUUGGUCUCGCUGACCUGGAUUUUACAAAGUGAAUUUUACAAAAAUUCUUUUGAAACUGAGGCACUGGGCAGUUCAGGAACUGUUGAGUCUUGGCAUUAAUAAUACUUAAUCUUUUUUGCAGGACUGGGGUGAGGCUGAAUUUAUCUCUUUUUUGAAUUGAAAAGUACUUUAUAAGUGCUUUGAAAGUAAAUCAUAGUUCCCCUUAAAAUCUCUUUAUACAAUCCAAAUUUGUAAGGGGUGCCUUGUAUAUUCCCUGACAUUCCAGACCUUCCCUGAUACCAAAAGAUUCUUGUCUAUGGCCCUCUUUUUCAGGUGAAAAAAAAAAGAAACCCCAAAUCUCAAGAUUUUGAUUCCAUUACAGGCCUUCCAUGUUAUGUGCCACAGACCCAAAUUAGUCAAUAUUCAUGGAAUAUUUUCAUCUGCAAAUACUCGAAAAAAACAUAGUCAGGCUGUUAAUAUUCUACGAUUCCAAUUUUAGUAGUGAAUCCCCGAAACUGUUUUCCUCUUUUUGGAUCACAGGAGACCUAAGCUUGGUAAUGUCAUCAGUCUUUUCUUAAGCAGCAGUGUGAACUGUGCUUGUGUAACCCUCCUCUCCAUCCCACCUCGUUCACUUGUGCCUAGUCAACUUUACAGCAAAUGAAGAAACAAAGCUACUGGAUGGUUGUGGAAAUAGGUCCAAGAGGCUACUGAAAUUCUCCUGAGGACAUCUGACGUUUACCCAGGGCUUGACCAUCCCCUUCCUUUCUUGGCCAGACAAGACAACAUCCAACCUAGCUGUUUAAGUGGUUUGGUUUUGACCAGAAUGAUACUAUUUGUAUACUAGGACUGGCCACCACGGAUGGUAUAGUGAUGUAUCAAUGCUGACAAGCAAAAGAUCUGAAUUUUAAUAUCAGAGCUGUUGUCCAAGGGGGUUUCUUAUCCUGUGGCCUGCAUAGCAGCUUCCACCUACCCCAGUUUAAUCAUAGGUAAAAACCAUUCUCACUUGGGACCUACCAAGUAACAGCCCCAGUGGAUACAUUUAACAAUGGUCUUCUAGUAGGUCUUUAUAAAAGAGGUGCCUCUUGAAGUACUACGGUUUGGAAAAUGAUAACUUUUCAAAGGGGUUCCAAUCUGCCACAUUCCUAUGCAAAACAUUUUUAACCUCCAAUAUAAUGUAGUUUAUUUUUGCUAUCUGUAAAAUAUUUUUAUAUAGCUUGUAUUGUGAUAGUUUGGCAAUAAAACAAAAGAUAACAGCUA